AGCUUGUCUUCUUGCUGCCCCAUUAGGCUCCUCUUCUUCUUCUCCCCUUCCCCCUCCUCCUCAGCAGGGCGUUCACAUCCCCCAGGCGGCUACUGGGCACGGCUGAAGGGACCAGCCCAGGAGUGGGACAAUAAAAUCCCUGACACCACUGUUCAAGGGGCCUCGGGAGGGGGGGGACGAAGGCCAGGCCCAGCUGCAGGGUAUAAAGCUGUCCCCUGCUCCCCAGCACAGCCCAGCAGCCCCGGCUUGCCAGGCUCCUCCGGCGCACUCCAAUGGAUAUCACCAUCCACAACCCCCUGAUCCGCAGACCCUUCCUGUCUUGGUUGGCACCCAGUCGCAUCUUUGACCAGAUUUUCGGGGAGCACCUGCAGGAGUCAGAGCUGCUCCCUGCUUCCCCCAGCUUCAGCCCCUUCCUGAUGAGAUCCCCCAUUCUUCGGAUGCCCAGCUGGCUGGAGACGGGACUCUCUGAGAUGCGGCUGGAGAAGGACAAGUUUUCUGUAAACCUCGAUGUGAAGCAUUUCUCCCCUGAGGAGCUGAAGGUGAAGGUGCUUGGGGACAUGAUAGAAAUCCACGGGAAGCACGAGGAGCGCCAGGAUGAGCAUGGCUUUAUUGCCAGGGAAUUCAACAGGAAAUACAGGAUCCCAGAUGAUGUGGACCCUCUGACCAUAACAUCAUCCCUCUCUCUGGAUGGCGUCCUGACCGUGAGCGCACCCAGGAAACAAAGCGACGUCCCCGAGCGCACCAUCCCCAUCACCCGAGAGGAGAAACCUGCCAUUGCAGGAGCCCAAAGGAAGUAGGCUGCUAUUUAAAGCCACCCCGGGGGGGGGGCCAUUCAAGAGCACUUUUCACCAGAAGCCAGCUAUACCGAAUGGCUACUCUUAUUAUUUAUGCUGAGUAAGUUUACUAAUGAAUAAAACAUGAAUAAGCA